AUUAGCGGUGGGACUCUGUGACAGGGUCUCAGUGUUGGCGGCUGACGGGAAGUGAAGGUAGCCGGGGUGGGACCCCGUUUGAUGGAUCCCCGCAUAGCCUGGUUCCAGCCAGAGCAGCUUGGUCCCUCGAACCGCCUGUGGAUGCAGAUCUGGGAAACUACGCAGGGGGUCCGCAAUCUCUACUUCCAUCAGGAGCAGCAGCAGCAGAGCGCCCCCGCUGGGGCCGGCCCAGUCUCUCCGCCCAACAUGUACCGCGCUGAUCCCCAGGCCGACUUCCUGCCGCUCGAGAGCGCCAACACCCAGCAGAACCGCAGCUGCCACCAGACCUCGUCACCCUUGGGGGUUGCUGCCUGGGCCCGGCCCCCACAGGUCGAGCCGUCUGUCGCCACUGCCGCCAGCAACAAGAGGAAGCGCGACAACAAGGCCAGCACCUUCGGCCUUAACUACAGCCUCCUGCUGAGGCCUCCUGGGCAGGGUAGGGCCUUCGCCCUAGGAAAUGAGCCAGCCGCCCGGGCCCAGGCCGGCCUCGCCGAGUCGCUCUACAUCGGCACCCCUUGGAAGAAGAGGAACUACAGCCAAGGAGUCAUGGGUCUUCAUGAAGAAAUCAUUGACUUUUAUAAGUAUAUGUCUCCCAGACCUGAAGAAGAGAGAAUGCGGAUGGAAGUGGUGAACAGGAUAGAAAACGUUAUAAAAGAGCUCUGGCCUAAUGCAGAUGUGCAGAUAUUUGGAAGUUUUAAAACUGGUUUAUAUUUACCUACAAGUGAUAUUGAUUUAGUUGUGUUUGGAAAGUGGGAGACAUUGCCUCUUUGGACCCUGGAAGAAGCUCUUAGAAAGCACAAUGUAGCAGAUGAAAACUCAGUAAAGGUUUUAGAUAAAGCAACUGUGCCUAUUAUUAAACUGACAGAUUGCUUCACUGAAGUAAAAGUUGAUAUAAGCUUUAAUGUACAGAACGGGGUUAAAGCAGCCCAGCUUAUCAAAGAUUUUAUCAAGAAAUACCCUGUGUUACCAUAUCUAGUUUUAGUAUUGAAACAGUUCCUGUUGCAGAGGGACCUUAAUGAAGUAUUUACAGGUGGAAUCGGUUCUUAUAGUCUGUUUUUAAUGGCUGUCAGCUUCCUUCAGCUACAUCCCAGGGAAGAUGCCUGUAUGACCAGUGCCAACUAUGGUGUUCUUUUAAUAGAGUUUUUUGAAUUAUAUGGACGUCACUUCAAUUAUCUGAAGACUGGAAUCCGAAUAAAGGAUGGUGGCUCUUACGUUGCCAAAGAUGAAGUGCAAAAAAGCAUGCUGGACGGCUACAGACCAUCAAUGCUGUAUAUUGAAGAUCCAUUACAGCCAGGUAAUGAUGUUGGGAGGAGUUCCUAUGGUGCCAUGCAAGUGAAACAGGCUUUUGAUUAUGCCUAUGUUGUUUUGAGCCAUGCAGUUUCCCCAAUAGCUAAAUAUUACCCUAACAACGAAAUGGAAAGUAUAUUAGGUAGAAUAAUUAGAGUAACACAAGAGGUGGCUGCAUACAGAGACUGGAUAUCAAAGCGGUGGGGAAUGCAAAGUAGGGUGGAGUCUUUGUGUAAUGGUAAUGGAGUAACCUUGAUAGUAGAUACUCAGCAGCUAGACAAAUGCAACAAUAAUCUUGCUGAAGAGGAUGAAGCACUAUCAAAACCUAGAAAUAAAACUUCAGAAAUACUUAGUAAACAUUCUUCAAAUUCUUCAUCAGGUCCUUCAUCAUCAUCCUCUACACUGUCCAGCUGUAGUGAUGUAGAUUCUGAUGGAACACCAUGCAAAACCUCUAAACAGUUGAGUUGUCAUCAGUCUACCAAAAACAGAGUGGGGUCACAAGAAGUGUCACUGGAAUCUUCCCAGUCAAGUGAGAAAACACAAAAUAGCCAAACAGCCAAUACUUCCAGCAACACGAACAAAUCUCAGCAUGGAUCUGCAUGGUUAUUUUGCUCUUCUAACAAAGGCUUCCAAGGUCCAAUAAACUCAAGCCACAGUACCUCAGUCACAAACAAACAUCAAGGCAGCAAAUCACACCAUCACUUCUUCCAUGGCAAAAAGAGGAAGCACAAGAGGGAUGCGGCCCUUUCAGACCUUUGUAGAUAGUUGCCUAUUUUAUGACUGCCUUUCUGUGUGCAAUGAUCUCAUGCUACAGGAUAGUUUGAUAGUGACUCCUUGGAUCUCUUUCAGAGCUUCAGACUGUUAUUGAUUAGCAACUGCAAUUUUUUUUCCCAGCUCACCACAGAACAGAUCAUGAAGAUUGAUCACUGCAAAAAAUGUUAAAAAAAAGAAAAACAUAAAAACAAAAAAGAGGAAAAGGCUGCUCAUUUAAUAAGUCAUAUGCUACAACAGGGUCAUUUAAGAUAUAAAUGCUUGAAUGUAAAAUAAAUGUAUUUCCCAUCAGCUCAUGCUGACCUGUAGAGGUAUUACUCAGUGUGUCUAGGAGUUGGUAACAAACAAACACACAAAAUAGGGGAAAAAAAAUGCAAAAAGUUGUAUUUUGAAGGAAAUCCAUCCUUUAAAGGUGAAAGUAAUUUGUGCAUGAUUUUCUUAUUAUUUUUGUAUAUACUUACCAUUUUAUUGUGCAGGUAUACAUAACCAUAUAGGAAAACUGACAUUUGUAAUAGUGGAUUUGUUAAUACUUUUUAUAUAACAUUACUGUUUAAAUUGUAAACAUAAAUCUUUCUCAGGAUUAGUUUGGAAAAUAAUCUGAAUUGUUAUCUUAACAUCCAUAUAAAGAGACAUUACUUGUUAUAUUGCUCAGAAUUUCUUUUCUUGGCAUUUAAAACAUUUAAUAGAACAUUUGAUCUGCAAAAGCUGUUCCUCUGCAAGAAAGACUUAUGGUGGCAAAUGAAGUUUUUCAUUUGUAUAAAGUGUACAUGUACUUUGUGAAGACACUGAGUUUGUCAUCUUGGAGAAGUAACCUUCACUUUGUUUUCUAGAAUGCCGUCAUUUGGACGGAGUCUUGGGUGACAUGGUUUAGUGUGUGGUAUCCCUGCCUAUGGCAGUGGGGGGUUGGAACUAGAUGAUCUUAAGGUCCUUUCCAACCCUAACUAUUCUAUGAUAUCAGGCAAUGGGGUUUUAUAGUUGCAUCCUUCUCUUCUGCCCCUUAGUGGUCUCUCCCCAACCCUUUCUCUUUUUUUAAAGAAAUACAAAGCCACUUGGGGUAGUGGUGGUGGUAUUUGGUUGUUGGUGGUGAUUGCUUUAUUCUUGUUUGUUUGUUUGUUUAAAAAAAACACAAAGGACAACUAGAUUUGUUAGACAUUUGCAUUCCUGGGCUGCUUUAAUCCUGUUCCUUUUUGUGCCUUCUACUCCUCCUUCCAGGUAUGGGGCUUUAUGUGUUUUGUAAUUUUGCUAACUCCUGUAGGAGACAACUGUUGAAACAUUAAAUUUUACAAUUAAAGUAUUUUUUCUCACUCCCUUCUGAGGCAUUUUUAUAUUUACACUUAACUAUUUAAAAAAAACCCCAAGACUACUUCAAAUAAUAAAAUAUAUUUUGUACUGCCUUAAAGAUCCAAACCUUUCAUAUCAUAGUACUUCUUGUUGAGCUAGUUAUCAUUUAAUUUCAGCUCUGCAUUUGUCUGGUUCAGUUGCAUUACAAGUCUAGGUUUCAAUAACUGAUGCCAUGAAUGUGAAUGAAGUGUGUAAUUGCCCUCACACACAGGCAUAGAUAGCUUGGCACAGGAGUUGGGACACUUCAGUAGAGGAAAGUUAAGUGGCAUUUGCUUUCACAUACUUCUUUAAACAGGAAGGUGUGAACUCAGCAUACAUGGCUGCAUUUAAUGCAGCUGUUCUGGAGAUGAUGCUUUUAUAAAAAGUACUAUUAGCUUUUAGAAAUGUUUUAUAAUAUAUAUUUACAGAAUACUACAGACCAACCUUACCCUUAAUGGGCACUAAUGAGUGCAGUGAUUUUAAAAAUAAAAUAAUGCUAAAAUAAGACCAGAACUGAUGUCAUCACUUAAUAAACAUUUUCAAUGUUUUAGAUUGUUUAGAUUGUUUUAGAUUCUUGUGGAUGUGUAGACUUAUAUUCACUGCUUAGGGAAAAAAUAUUUAUCAAUUAUAUUAAUCCAGUAUUGUUAGCUGCUAUUAGCAAAACUGUUCUAAAACUUAAUACUUGCAAACAUCUGUAUUGCAUUUCCCACACUGAAGUGUUUUUAAAAUUGUUGAAUUGUUGAAAGCAAAUGUACUCUUAGGGUGGAGAUAUUAGUGUUCCAAUAAGCAUGUAAUAAUUUUAAGGUGGUGGUAGCGGGAAGAUAAUCUUGAUUCCAUUGAGAAUCUUAGCUUUGCCUCAGUUUAUGGUUUUCAUAAAUUUAAUGGAAUUUAGCUUUUCCUGAACUGCUCAAGUUUCUUUUUGGUAAACAGUAUCUUUCUAAAAGAAAAAAAUAUGAAGGAAAAAUUGAGGUAUUUUACAUUGCCUCAAGUGACCAGCAUUGUAUUAAUAAAAUACUGUAUAUCUUGCAAAUCUUUAUUUAAACAGAACAGUUGAACUGUUCAUUUUUCAAUCUGAAGUAAAAUACUUUCAAGACCUUUUAGUUUGCCUGCUCAUUUGUCUUGUACAUUUCAUCUCUGUAUUUGACUCAAGUCUAAUUCCUUUUUGAGUUUCAAUACUUCUGUGAAGAUUUUGUGAAUAUAUGAAAAAUAAAUGUUUAACUACU